UUCUUCCCUUGAUCUGAUCUCUCGCUAUUCCGCUCCCUAUUAUUGCAUCCUCUCCCGCCGCUCAAAGAUUUCGUCAAUAAACAAUUCAUCGAUGGAAGGGAAAAAAGCGAGAGAAAGGGGACAAAAUUAGCAAGAAAACAGGCAUCGCCGUCGUCGAGCACCAACGUCUCCCGGCCGCACCCUCCUCCUCCCCAUUCCCCUCCUCCGCCGCCUCCGUCCUCUCUCGAUCGCCGCAUCCCGGCGCGAUCCCAGGAUACCCAAAGAUCCAAAUUUUCCCCACCGCCGCCGCACCGAGGAGCCCAGGAAUCCCUAGGUAAUCCCAAGAAUCCGGGAGGAUAUUCAGGAGGAAUCUUCCACCCCGGCGUCGUUCCCUCCGGCCAUGGACACGGACCCGCUGCUCCCGACCACCUCCGCGCCGCACCUUCUGCAGCCGCUGCCGGAGAACUCCUCCUUCUCCGACUUCGGCGCGCCCCCCAACUCGCCCUGCCCGUCCCCGGCCUCCUCCUACAAGGACCGCCUCAUCUUCGGGCCCCUCCUCGACCACCAGCCUCCCCCGCCGCCCCCUCCUCCCCCGCCCCCGCCGCAGCCGCACCACUACCGCCGCAUCUCCGUCGGCCACCACGACCCGUUCCGCGACUACGACGACCACCCGGCCUGCUCCUCCUCCUCCCCGCCCUCCGACGAGGAGGAGGCGCAGCCGCAGCAGCCGCUCACGCCGUCCCUCCUCAACUUCCUCGGCGCGCGCACCAACCUGCACCGCUCCCGCACCGCGCCCGCCAUGGCGCCGCUCAGCGCGGCCGUCCUCGCCGCCUCCGCCGAGGCCGACCACCACCACCCGCCGCCGCCGCCGCGGCGGCCCGCCAUCGUGCUCCACGCCUUCCUCUUCCUCCUCGCCUACCUCGCGCUGGGCGUCACCUUCUACGCCGCCUUCCCGGCCAACUUCACAUCCUCCAACGGGCCCACGCACCCCGUCGUCGACGCGCUCUACUUCUGCAUCGUCACGCUCUGCACCAUCGGCUACGGCGACAUCACCCCGGCCAGCCCCGCCGCCAAGCUCUUCUCCAUCUCCUUCGUCCUCGUCGGCUUCGGCUUCGUCGAUAUCCUCCUCUCCGGGAUGGUCUCCUACGUGCUCGACCUCCAGGAGCACCUCCUCAUCACCGCCAUCAAGAACCCCCGCUCCGCGCGCAAGAACAAGCACAACUACAUCUUCGACGUCAAGAAGGGGCGGAUGCGCGUGCGCAUGAAGGUCGCCCUCGCGCUCGGUGUCGUCGCCAUCUGCGUCGGCGUCGGGGCCACCGUGCUCAGGAAGGUCGAGCAUAUGGGCUGGCUCGACGCCGUCUACCUUGCGGUCAUGUCGGUCACCACGGUCGGCUACGGGGAUCACGCGUUCCGGACACUGCAUGGCCGCCUCUUUGCGUCUGCCUGGCUUCUCGUGUCCACCCUCGCCGUGGCGCGGGCAUUCCUCUACUUGGCUGAGAUGAGGAUUGACAAGAGGCACCGUGCAAUGGCCAAUUGGGUGCUGUCCAGGGAUAUGACCGUGUCCGAGUUUCUAGCUGCCGACAUCGACAACCACGGCUAUGUCACGAAAUCGGAAUUUGUUGUUUACAAGCUGAAGGAGAUGGGGAAGAUUUCAGACAAAGAUAUCAGGAUGAUCUGCGACCAAUUCCAGAGGCUGGACUCAGGAAAUAACGGAAAGAUCACGCUUUCGGAUCUCUUGCAGAGUCAUCACCUGGUCUCUGAUCCUAGGGACAUGAAAAAGGGGAAGAAAUCGUAACAGAUGUCGUGAAGACGUGGAAAGAAAAUUCCAUAGGUAGUAUGAGGAAUUUUGGGACUGUAAAAAUAUGCUGCGAAACCAGCAAGGUUUUAGAGCUAGGAUGCCUGCACCGAAUGCGAAAGCCCGAAUCAGUUGUAGGAUAGCCGUAGGUAAUCUGCUAUCAGUUGAAAAUGAGUCUACCUGAAAGGGGAGAGAGCAUUUCAGCUAGUUAAGAAGCUGCUGUAAAUACACCAGUUAUAUUGCGACUCCUUUGAAACAUGCGGUGGAGAUUAGGUGGUCUUUUUUGGCCUCUCAGCA